AAAGAAACUAUUUAUACAUAGUUUAGCAUUAUUUAAUCAAUUUAGUUCGAAGAUUAAUUUGCAAACAAAAAGACCUCCUUUCGUUAAGCAGUUAUUCAUAAUGGAUUUUUUAAUAGUGGAAGAAAAAAUAGAAAUGAUUUUGAUUUAUGGUGAAGAAGGCAGGAAUCUUGAUGAUGCUGUUAAUAUCUACGCUCAGCGUUUUCCGGAUAAAAUUCGGUCAGGUACUUCAUUUCACCGUACAGUCAAGCAGUUUAAUACAAACGGGAGUGUUCAACCGAAAAAAAGAGUUCGUCGAGCAACAGUCACAGGUGGAAAUGAUGAAAUUAAUUUAUUAGCAGCAACGGCCGCUAAUCCUCAUGCAAGCACACGAGAAUUAUCUAGAGAUUUGGGAAUAUCCCAGAGCAGUGUUAGCAGAAUAUUAAAACGAAAUAAAUAA